UUGGUUCCAACUCAUGCUCUCUUACCACCAUCAGACCUAAUUUGGUCGUCCUGAUUCUCAGGGUGACCAUCAACUCAGCACUGGGAUCCACUUCCCCAGUCGGAAAUCUGGUGUCCGUUCACUCCGCUGACUCGACCCCCAUCGCUCCCUCCCCGCCUGCCUAAGCUAUCCAACGCCUAUCAUCGCCUGCGGCAUUCACGGGUGCGCCCGUACUUUCCUAGCGGGUCGGUCUCAUCAUGAGCGGCGCGCACGUUAAGCGUUUGGCCGCCCUCAAGCCCUUCACGGGCGGGGGGUUGGGUCUCUGCAGCGGGCACGGCUGGCCCGCCAGCUCGUGCGCCUCGGACGAGAGUCCCUUGGGCGGAUCUUCGGGUGCCUUGGGCGCGGGCGUGCCCUCCCUGACGGAUUUGUGCUAUCAACGUCUCCUCGCGCCCGCCCAGUUAAGCACCUUCGAGGAGGAGGUGUUGUGCGGUGGGGCGUGGCUCCCGCCCACAUUCUUCUCGGACGCAGUUCGCUUAUGCUUGGUCCAGAAUCGGACAUUGUUGCUGCGGUUGUUGUUGAAACAUUGGCCCGAGCCGCUCUUAAGUCUGCGGUCCAUUCUGCCCGCACCCUUGGGUUGUGACAUGCAAUGGCCGCUCCAUCUGAUCCGCGUCUUUCUGGACGGCUUGAUCCACGUGCCCAGGACAUUGACCACGUUGGAUUUGCGGGGUUUCGAGAUCCAUGACCAUGACUUUCUCAAGAAUUAUAAGGACCUUUUGUGCGAUCCCAUGAGCGCCCAAUUGGACGUGCACAUUCAUUUGGAUAUUCAUAUUAAAUACGCCAAUGACUACAGUAACUGGAUCGAUGUGUUGGGUGCCAAUCGGUUCUUCAAGAUCGCACGGUUGACCACCUUCUUGGGCAUUAAUUCCAUCGCCACGGACUCGAUACUGGACUACGUGGACAAACGACAUUUGGAUUCCCUUCGGAUCAAGGGGUACGAAUUAACCAAUAUGGAUAUGUGUCUUUUGGAGACGUCGCUCUCAUCCUUUCGACAUCUGCUCACCCUUGAUCUCUCGUGUGGAAAACUUUGGCUCAACAUGGGUCCCAACGGACCAGCCUUGCUCUCGCUCAGGCGCAUCUUACUCAAUCUGCCCAUGAUACAAAUCCUGAACCUCUCCAAUAGCAAGGUGGAAGGCUCCUUGUCAGAACUCUUAGAAGAGCCCACGUUCACCCUCGAAGCCUUGUUCCUGAAGAAUUGUGGCCUGGACAUGACAGAUCUGGCUUACUUGCGCAAGAGCCGCCAUAUCCAAACCGUCAGAGAGCUCUCCAUUGGAGAUAAUCCAUUAGGGAAAAACAUUGACAGCGUCUUGGAGCUCAUCAAGGAGAUGCCUCAGCUUGUUCUCUUGGACAUCCAGGAUUGUGGUAUAUUGGAAUCCCAAGUGCUUCUCUUGGCUCAUUACAUCAAGAGUCAUCUCCAAAAUUUGGCCUCGCUCAACAUGGCAGGACACUUGUGGAGUCGAGAUGUAAUCAUCAGUUCGAUUCCUCUGCUAUUCCACAGCUCUAUGCUCCAGACAAUUGUAUUCCCAAUCUAUGGAUUGAGUGACUUGCACUUUCGUUUCAAGAACCGAUCAGACAUCCUCCGACGUCAGAACCUGCCUCAAAUGCUGGAGCCCAUAGCUGGGAUGAGUUCGGAUUUCAAGGCGAUUGAAAAUGCCAUCUUGUCAGAACUUAUUAAACGACGCGGCACAAUCUUAAGGGUUAAGAGCCAAUUGGAUGGAAUUCAGUUUGAUAUGGAACGUUGAUCGUCAUCGCUUCUUCCUCAUGUGACCCAGAGCUAUCCAAGCUCAAUCAAGGUCGCAUUCACGACUUGACCUCUCACUUGGUUGCAUGGAUUGUGCUAAUUAUGUGUUGGUGUGUAAGAGACGCGCCAUCAAGUUGAAACUCAGCUUCAAUUCUAACCUGGUUAAAUUCACUUUUAUUCAUGCCUACGGCAACGCUUCUAUUGGAAAUCAUAUCAAUACAUGAUGAUAUUAAUGUC